CUCACCUGGAGGUCACUGACCCUCAGAGCCUCAGUAAGCUCAGGUAUUUUAACCUUCACACUGUAGUCUGGAGAAUUUGGGACCAAAGGAAGUUAAGGUGCCUGCUUCAAGAGGUUGAGGCCUUCAAGUAAGAGUCAAGCCUGCAUGGCCUCAUGAGCCAGUUCUCGUCCCUAAUCUACAGUUCUGGCUUCGCUCUCUGCUGAAUUAAGAGAGAUCUGUAUCCUGGGGCAUACAUGUGAGCAGUAGAGAACUUGUUUAACAUGCACACAGCCUGGGAUUUCCAGUCUUGCACUAGAAAAAUAAACAUCUGUAUUCAUGAAUUUGGGCGUCAGAGCAGACAGUGUUAACAGUGCCAUCUGCAGUUGUGAAUGAGGACAGUGGCUUAGUCUUCCCAAGGGCCUGUGGGACUUCCGUUAAUGUGUUCUGCCAUCCUUCCGUGCUGAGCCGAGGCUGGCAUAUUGAUGAAUAGAUGAUUCAGAUUAUAGCAGCUAUCCACUAAAUAAUCCUUUAUCAGUGCAAAUCAUUUUAAUGAUCCUGCCGAGAGGCUCUAGGACUUCCCCAUCCUCUCACCCUCAUGCUCUCCUCUUUGGAUGACUAAGUUCUCCUUGAAGCUCCUUUCUGCAGAAUCCCAGCUCUUUCCACAAGCACCACAGGACACCACAGCCACCUCUCUUCAGCCAGGAAGUCUUCGGACACAGAGCCUACAGGUCUCAGCCCCUUACCUCUCACCUAGUGGCUUUCUUGGGAUGGAGUGAGGCAGCUGUAUCCUCCAGUCUCUGCCGGCCCCCCUGGCAUUAGUCCCAGGGCACAUCAAGAAGUCUGCUCCAGCUCUGUUGGCUUUGCUCUAGCUAUCUCCACCCUCAACCCCGCCCCCUUCCUCUGGCUCCAAAGCCCUGGACACAGUACAUAGGGCCCAGAGUCCCUACUGGAAGGGAAAUAAAAGGAACUGUUUGGGUUCCCAUGGCUGUGGUCAACACCUGCAUUCCAGGGCUCAACUCUCAGAAUCCUCAUUAUAUUCCAGGGUACACUGGACAUUGCCCACUACUGCGGUUCAGCAUGGGCCAGACCUAUGGGCAGGUGACCGGUCAGCUUCUUCAAGGCUCUCCUGGCCUAGCCUGGCCUCCUGCCCACCGCACACUUCUGCCUCCCAUCCAGUCUCCAAGAUCUCCUGUGACUCCCAGGGGGAGGCUACCUCCCAGGCGCGGGCAUGAAAGGCUCAGCUCCAGCAUAAUCCCUGGGUAUACAGGUUUUAUACCACAGGCACAGUUCAUUUUUGCCAAGAACUGCAACCAGGUUUGGGCUGAAGCUAUGAAUGAUUUUACACAAAGGCAUGGGCAGCAGGAGUGUCAUGAACUAUCAAAGGAGGUCAAGGGAGGAAAAGAGAGAGAGAAAGACCAAGAGCCGGAAGCAGAGGAGCCAGAGCUGAAGCAGGUUUCCCCCUACUCCAUGGAUGACAGAGAUCCCCAGAAGUUUUUCAUGUCAGGCUUCACCGGCUAUGUGCCCCGUGCCCGCUUCCUCUUUGGCUCCAGCUUCCCCGUGCUCACCAACCAGGCACUGCAGGAAUUUGGGCAGACAUGCUCACGGAGCAGGGUGCAGAAGGAUCCCAAACCGCUUUCCCCACUCCCCAAGCCCAACCUUGAGAACUUGGGUCUCCUCCCUCACUAUGGAGGCUACGUGCCAGGGUAUAAGUUCCAGUUUGGCGGUACAUUUGGGCAUCUCACCCAUGAUGCUCUGGGCCUCAGCACGACUCAGAAACAGCUCCUGGCAUAAAUACCUGGAUUUCAGGUUCUCAACCUUUUCAUCCUAUCCCAGUGAUCUUUUUGGAAGGAAGAGAAGUGGGAGGGGGGAGGGGCACAAAGAAAAUGGUUUGGAGGCUGAGCACCUUUAAGUUAAUAGGUGUAAUAAAUAA